GCUACUACUUGCUAGAAAUAUCCAGAUUUCCAUUAUUAACAUCCACAUGAGCAUGCAAGAAUCAGUACGAACACAGGAUUUGAUUUGAGCGAAACGACAGCACACAAAGACUUGCAUUAAUAAAUAAGCGAAUGAAAACCAUAUCCAUACCCAUGGCCACUAGUGGUCUUCAUACAUACAUGGCCAUGGCCGCAACUUCCCGCAACGAUUACAGCAAAACACACUACCGAAUCGAAGCAAACCCAUGUAGAGGCUAUUGCCAUAUUGCAUAAGUAUCUAAUUGUACAGUCUGGCUGGGUCCUCUCUGUAUAACUGGUUCAAUUAUCUCAUACCCAUGAGCCACGGUGAAGCACAUUACCUAAAGACCGACAACGCCAUCUAGAGAUAGAGUUGGACAUCAAGAUGUAGAUGUACAUUACAGUAGCAGACAACAACAUCAUACUCAGAGAUUCUCAAAAACACAUGUUGCUCAGUGCGGCUACUGUUACCUCCCAUGCAAUUGUUGAAGCGCCUUUGAUAAAUCCCUGAACACCAACUACUCCAACACGAGGACGAUAAAAUACAAGAACUGAGUAUUGAGUAGAACAAGUAGUAGAAGGAAGACCUUCAAGAAGAUUUUGCUUUCGGUGCAGAACGAGCAUGCAGCGGC